AUGAACAAUCUUCCUCUCGAACUCGUUCUUCGCCCCAAAGAGAAUCCGCGGAAAGUCAUAGCACCUCCUUCAAUCCUGAAGUCGUUGAACGAUGUCUCAAAGUUGUCCUCGAUUUCAGAAGGGACAAAAUCUCAAAAGCCAAAGCCGUGCUGGGCGUCCAACAAGUACUUGCUGAAGCCACACGUGAAGGAGACCCAUCCUUUGAUAGCGGAUUCGCACAUUAUCUUGAAGUCCUCGAUUCCAUCAGAUCCGAGGAAGAAUCAGAAAGUUUUUGAGGAAGUCCAAGACCGACACGUAUGGAUAAACGUGGUGAGUCGCGAGAACCGGAAGAGGAGAUGUUUAGAAGAGCAUUUAGGAGGGGAAGAGCACGUAGCAAAGAAACCGAAGUUGAUGAACAGGAAUCAGAGUCUGGAGGAAGCAGUAGAAUCAUACGCGGAAAGCGUCGGAAACUUACCGACGAUGAACUUCAAUUCUGUCCAUGGAUUGAUCCCUCUCAAUUUCGCUUCCUCUCACGCUUGCAGGGAAUUGAGAUGGCCCUGCGAUGCUACGAAGAAUGGUCUGACGAUCCCAAGUAUUACCGGACCAAAGUUACAACUACCCCUGGAUGCCCAAAACUUCCCACUUCGCAAUGGACCUUGCUGCUUGAGGGAAGAGCCGUUGACCUUGACAAAGUGUUCACCGGACGAUAUUCCACAGCCAUCGACUCAAAACAAACCCAGUCGCUUGGGAAGGGAUUUGAGCUAUCGCUCUCCCAACCUACCGUCAGCCACAAGGUUAAAUCAGCCGGAGAUUGGGGAAUCGCCACUGACAUAUGGACCCGCGCACUCACCUUCAUCAUGCCGUGGCGAGAAGAGGAAGUUAGGGAAUAUUGAGAGUGCAUGUCCGACAUCUUCGGGAAUCACUUUUACACAGUCCAUGAGCGAGUCCUCGAUUUCGACCGAGCCGUUCGACUCCUUGUCGAGCAACAAAAAUUCCUCCGUCUUGAUGACUUCACCAGGUUUGAUGGGCUUAAGUCCAGUCACCUUUCAGCCUUUGGAAUGGUCGCGAUGCAAAGCUCCCAUGACUCAGGGAUCAAAACGGUCAAAGAUUCUGCUGGAGGAAAGAGCCAAACCAGAGGUGGAAGAGGUGAACCCUGUCAUAAGUGGAACCGAGGAGAGUGCGAGAAAGAGGCCAGGGAGUGUCUCUACUUCCAUGUAUGCGACCGAGGAAGCUGCAGGGGGAAUCAUAAGCGGGGAGAGUGCCCAUCGGACAAAAGAGGUAAAUGAAACAAUUGCAAGAGGCCAACGGUAUUGA